UGUAUUUUUCUCUUUUUUUAUCUCUAUAUACAAGUAUAUAAAGGAUGCCUCGACCAACUCCAUCGUCACAGCACCUUCACUACUAUCUGCAUGAGAUUGAGGGUUUAGUUCCUUAUUAGAUCACAGAGAGCUAGGGUUUCAAUUGAGCCCUGCUUCUUCUGUUUUUUCCAUAGAAGAAGAGAGAGAGGCGGGAGAGAGAUCAAGUUUUUUGUUUAUUUAUUUACUUGGAAGAUGGCAGUGAUGAGCGCUCCCCAUCCCUUAGCAUUUGCUUUUGGCAUCUUAGGCAACAUUAUCUCAGUCAUGGUGUAUCUGGCUCCAGUGCCUACAUUUUUCAGAAUAUGCAGGAAAAAAUCCACUGAAGGUUUCCAAUCUCUGCCUUACCUUGUGGCAUUAUUCAGUUCCAUGCUUUGGCUCCACUAUGCAAUGCUCAAGAAAGAUGCUCUCCUUCUUAUCACCAUCAACGCAUUUGGAUGUGUCAUAGAGACUAUAUACAUUACGUUGUAUAUCGCAUACGCUUCAAAAGAGAACAAGAUCUCAACCUUCAGACUUCUGCUUUCCAUGAACCUGGGUUUGUUCUCUAUCAUCGUCAUCCUUACACAUUUUGCAGUGAAGAAUUCAGUUCGUGUCCAAGUUCUUGGUUGGAUUUGUGUUGCUGUUUCUGUUAGUGUGUUUGCAGCACCCUUAAGCAUUGUGGCACAAGUUAUUCGAACAAGAAGUGUCGAGUUCAUGCCAUUCAAUUUGUCAUUUUUCCUUACAAUAAGUGCGAUUAUGUGGUUUGUCUAUGGCCUUUUCACCAAGGACAUGUGUGUGGCUCUCCCAAAUGUCUUGGGGUUCAUCUUGGGGCUACUUCAGAUGCUGUUAUAUGCAGCCUACAGGAAAGCAAAGGAAGUGAUUAUGGAGGAACAGCUACCAGAAAAUUUAAAGACCAUUGUGAUACUAAGCACUUUAGGGAAUUCUGAAGUUCAUCCCGUGGAUAUUCAACCUGAAUCCAUUGAAGGUGCCAAAGAAAAUGAACAAAAAGAGGAGGAUAAUAAUAAUAAUAAGAAGAAGAAGGAGGAGGAGGAGAAGGAUCAUAAUGAGAAAAGCUUGGAAACUUCAAAUGAUGAUCUUCACCCAAAUGAAAAUAAAGUUUAAUUCCCAUGGAUACGUGUUUAUGUGAAUGGCUUUUGUUAAAAAGCCCUCAAGCCAAAAGGUUCCCUCCAAGUUCUUUUUAAUAUUUUUUGUACACUCUUUUCUUCGCUCUAUGUUGUCUGCCUCCCUCACGUCACAUGGAUGUAUAAGCAUAAAAGAAAAUGUUAAAUUUCAUAUUUUAUUUCUUUUUUUAUUGUUAAAAAGAGAGGGAGAAGAAUUGAAACAAAUAUAAAAUCUUUCAUCUUGUAUCUAUUGUGGAAAAAUUCUUAUCUGUAUCCAAUUUACAGAUGUAAAAAUAUAUUUCAUUUGGGAAUCUUAUCAA